AGUAAAGCAUUAAAUGAACAAGCUUAUGAAAUUGAAGUAGCAUUUAAGUGGCAUUACUUUGGUGUUAUUCUUCGUAAGAAAGCAAAAAAGAAUAAUGGAAUAUUGGAACUAUCUUCUUGUGUAGAGAUUGGUAGCUUGUUAGAUAUGCCAGAAAAAGAAGUUACGAGUGCUCUGAACUUUUUUCAUACAUUAAAAAUGCUGUUUUAUUAUCAUGAUUCACCAGCAAAAGAUAUUGUAUCUGUUAAGCUGGAUGCUGUCAUUAACAUAAUUAAAAAAUUGAUGAUUAAAGUUUGUAAGCCUCUUGAUGAAUUGAAGGAUGGUUCUGACAAAAUGGCACAGUUAGCAACAAAAGGUUAUUUAUCUAUUAAAGUUAUAGAACAGAAUACAGAUGAUUCACUUAAGGGUAGAGAAAACAUUCUUUUGGGUUUAUUUAAGUAUCUUAAAAUUGCUGCUUUGAUACCAACAGAUGAAAAUGAUCAAACAGAUAAAAAAGAUGUAGUUUUUUUGAUGCCUGCUCUGCUUCCUGUCAAAAAUGUUUCUGAUUCUUCCACAUUGUCUAAAACACCUCUUCUUUAUUAUUUUAAAGAACCAGUGCCAAUGGGUCUGUUUUGUGCUGUCAUUGUUCAGCUCCUCUCUUAUCCUGGUGAUGAAAAAUGGGGUAUCAUUACAAAAGAACACAAUUUCUCAAAUUAUUUUAAUAUACAGAAGAAAAUUAUUAAUAAAAACAGAAUGUGCAAAGUAUUACUGGUGGAGCAGCUUUACUGCAUUGCAAUCUAUUGUGAAAAACUCCACGAGAGACAAAGUAUAAAUAAUUGUAUAGAGACAGCCAUUAAUGAAGUCAUGAAAGACAAAUUUAUUGACUAUGAAAAACCAAUUACAGCUUUUUACUGUCCCUGCAAAGAUAAAAAACAACAUGUAGCUACUGUUGACAGGAAUGUGUUUAUCAUGUGUAGUAGAACAGGUGAAGGGCAGGAUUUAUCACACUCUCAUUGUGAUGAGUAUUGGUCCUGGUUUAUGACUAAUGAUGAGCUUGUUGAAGUUAAGCGCAAAAUGCAUCAAGAUAACCCAAGUAGUACCCUUGAAGACAAGGAGCUUGAUAUGUCAUCAGUUACAAGGAUAUUUAUUUCCUCUGCUCACCAUUACAUGCUAAUAGGAGCUGGAUUGAAUGUAUCUGUGUCUGAUCUGAAGCAAAUACCAGACACAGCAACUGGUAAUCUUAUUAUUGUAUUUCAGAGAUGGUUCGAAACUGAUAAAAAUGUCAAUUGGGAUACAAUACAACAACUUUGUGAUGACUAUCCUAAUCAACUGGGCAAAGCAAAAACUAAACUUCUGAAAUAUAUGCGUCAAUCUAUACCUGAUAGUGCCAGUUCAGAUACUCACUAGUUGCCAAACUGAA